CGGCGGGGCCGAGCCGCGGGCCUGGCCGCCAGUGUCAGUGUGCGGGUGGACGCAAAGGCCGAGACACGGCACCGCACGGACGGACGGACACGAGGGCGGACACGCGCGGGGAAGGAAGGGCACUGCUUGGAGCGCGCGAGCUGAGCUGAACCGGUAAAGAUGUACUACAAGCCACCCACACGCACGAAAUGGGAGACCCUACAGGCCUUCCUUUACGAGUCCGAGUCGGGCCGGGUGUUCGGCCGGACAGGCUCCAGUUGGGCCAAGAUCGGCCUGUUCUACCUCAUAUUCUACUCCAUCCUGGCGUCCAUGUUCGCCAUCAUGCUGUGGGUGUUCUUCCAGACGCUGGACGCGCGCAUGCCCAGGUGGCAGCUCACCGCCUCCCUCAUCGGCACAAACCCAGGCCUCGGGUUCCGGCCGAUGCCACCGGCCCACAACGUGGACAGCACGCUCAUCUGGUACAGAGGCUCGGACCCUGAGAACUACGAGCUGUGGAAGCGGUCGCUAGCGCAAUUUCUAGAAGUGUACAGGAAGCCCGGGCUGACGCCGGGCCGCGGCCAGAACAUCUACAACUGCGACUACGACAGACCUCCAGGCAAGGGGCAAGUGUGUGACGUGGACGUCAAGAACUGGAAACCGUGCGUCGAGGAGAACCACUUCAACUACCACAAGUCCGGCCCCUGCAUCUUUCUCAAACUGAAUCGGAUCUUCGGCUGGGUGCCGCAGUACUACAACGACACGCGCACCCUGCCGCCCAGCAUGCCCAAGGACCUGAAGCAGCACAUCGAGGCCACGGGGAGGAACAGUAGCAUACGGUUGAACACGGUGUGGGUGAGCUGCGAGGGGGAGAACCCCUCCGACGUGGAGAACGUGGGCCCCAUCAAGUACAUCCCCUCGCACCGCGGCUUCCCCGGCUACUUCUACCCCUACGACAACACGGAGGGCUACCUCAGCCCCUUGCUGGCCGUGCACUUCGAGCGGCCGAAGACCGGGGUCCUUAUCCAGAUCGAGUGCAAAGCCUGGGCCAAGAACAUCAGGUUCGACCGCAAGGAGAGAGUGGGAUCCGUUCACUUCGAGCUCAUGAUCGACUAGUCAAGAAGAGCCAAGACUCGGCGGCUUCCCUGCGCUGCGCUGGCAUCCAGCGCGGAGAACAACCACUGCCCCUGCUCGGCCCUCAACAAGCAAAAACAAAAACAAGACAAAGCGCCGCGGUCUCAAUCUUCCUUUUUGAACCGAGAGACUCAAUGUGACGGAUGAAUGAGUAGCUAAGAGCGGACACUAAACUCCUUGUGUACUUUUUCGUAUGUAUAGUGACCAAACUCACCCCCUUAAAAGUCAGAUAUAAAAAGCCUGUGCAUGGUUGAGAGACCGUUUCAAAAUUGCCUAUGCGCUUGUAAUUCGAUUAGUUUUAUUUGCACAAGUGUCGUGGGUGGGUACGAAAUGGUACGCGAGCGUUUAGAGUGCGUUGUAUUUAUUGUUGUUUUGAGUUGGUUCGAGAGGCCGACACGCACGGCGUGGACUUGGAGACGCCUGACCCACGUGCGGACACGUCAAAUCUUGACACGUCAAAAUGAGGUAAAUUCGGCGACCUAACCGUCAAAAGAUCAUCAACUUUUGUCAAAUUUUCGCAAAUAGCACGUAAAUUGUAUCGUUUCGAUUGGCGUUCCGUUGGCAGCCAUGGCGCGUCCACCGUGUGUUGGCCUCUGCGACACCGCAUGCACACGCAACGCAGCGCUGCCGUGCAACGUUGUGUUGCGUUGCAAUUUUUCACUUUAGGUACUUCCCCCCUAUUUCCCAUUCUUUCCGUCCGAUUCCAUGUGUGUUUCAAGUGUUGACCAAGUAAACUUAAACUUACCGACCAAAAUACAAAUCACAACAACUGAGUGUCAUUCAUUCAUUCUUUGAGUCGUCUUAAUGUUUCAGUAGCGAAAAAUGAUCGGCAAAAAUGCCCCCUCUUUUCCGUAGACACGAUACAAAUUCUUGUUUUCAAAUUGUUUGACCACUGUCUGAAAAGGUUAGUGUAAAUAUGGGUAUAAACUGUACUUUUUGUACUCCGAAAUAAUAAAUUUUCUGUAAACAUGGGA